UGCAACUAAAUCACAAACACGAAACACAGACACAUUUACAAAUUAUUCUUAGUUUGGUCAAGUAACUAAAACAACAACAAACAGCAUCAUGUCGACAGUCGAUAAGGAAGAAUUGGUCCAGAAGGCAAAAUUGGCCGAGCAGUCAGAGCGUUACGAUGACAUGGCCCAGGCCAUGAAAUCAGUCACAGAGACGGGCGUCGAGCUGUCAAAUGAAGAAAGAAAUCUGCUCUCCGUUGCCUACAAAAAUGUGGUUGGAGCGCGCAGGUCAUCGUGGCGCGUCAUUUCCUCCAUCGAGCAGAAAACCGAAGCAUCCGCCAGAAAACAACAGCUCGCCCGCGAGUACAGAGAGCGUGUGGAGAAGGAGCUUAGAGAAAUUUGCUAUGAAGUUCUGGGACUUCUGGACAAAUAUCUUAUUCCAAAAGCCAGCAAUCCAGAAAGCAAGGUUUUCUAUCUGAAGAUGAAGGGAGAUUAUUACAGGUAUUUAGCUGAGGUCGCCACAGGAGACGCACGCAACACCGUUGUUGACGAUUCCCAAACCGCUUACCAGGAUGCAUUUGACAUUAGCAAGGGUAAAAUGCAGCCAACACAUCCCAUCCGCUUGGGUCUUGCACUUAACUUCUCAGUCUUCUAUUAUGAGAUUUUGAAUUCUCCAGACAAGGCUUGCCAAUUGGCUAAACAGGCGUUCGAUGACGCGAUAGCCGAGCUGGACACACUCAAUGAGGAUUCAUACAAAGACUCAACACUCAUCAUGCAACUGUUGAGAGAUAACCUGACUCUUUGGACCUCAGAUACCCAGGGUGAUGGUGAUGAGCCACAGGAGGGCGGUGACAACUAACCAAACAACUAAAAUGUUUCCUUUUUGACUAUGCAAAUAUUAUUCAGUAAUACAAAACAAAACAAACAAACAAAAACAAAACAAAACAAAAGCAAGAAAUAUAAAAACAAUUCUUUGAAGUCGAAGGUAAUACAAGGCAGCAGAGCAGCAGUAAUGUAAUAAUAAAAGCAACAUCAAAACCAACAUCCAAAACAUCAGCAGCGACACAAAUGAAUAAUGAAAAAAAAAAACACAAAAAACAAAAAAACAGCCGAGAAUACUGAUUAAGUUUGUAAAUGAGUGAUGAUAGUUGUUUGAAAUGAAUUUGUGGACUAUUGUCAUGAUUAUACAAAGUUGAGGAAAAUGAAUCUGAUUAGACAGUAUAUAAGAAUAUGCGUUUGUGCAUAUUGCAAUUGAAGAAAAGGCAGAGAAAAACCAAAAAAAGAAGAAAAACAAAAACAAACAUUUUCUAAUGAAAUCAAUAUGUGUAUUCGAGCAAAUAAUGUAUAAAGAACAACUUACAGAAAAAGCCAA